AUGGAGAGCUUGGUGGAGGCAAUGGCGGCGGCGUACGACGAGCUGGUGGACGCGGCGGCGCGCGGGGUGCGGGAGCCCGGGAGCGCGGCGGCGCUGGAGGAGCUGAAGCGGCGCGUCGACGCCUUCCGCGAGUCGUGCGACCGCGCCGAGGUCCUCGUCCAGGACGCCGCCGCCAGCCUCGGCCCCGUCCCCCCCGCCGCCCACGGGCUCGACAAGCUCUGCCGCACCGUCAAGGCCAUCGAGCGCGACCUCCUCCAGGCCGCCGCCGGAGACGAGGGCGAUGAGAUCAAGGACAAGAAGAAGGUGGAGAUCACCCAAGAGCUGCAAAGGAAGUGGUGUAGUUCAGUCGGCAAGGUGUGCCUCCUCUACUGCCAGUUGAAGAUUCUAAAACUAUCUCAAGGCGAUGAUAAUGACACUCCAAGUGAAAAGCAUUGCGACAACGACGCUCGGAGUGAGUUCCUGAAACUAUCUCAAGGUCCAUCCCAUUGGUGCACCGCACUUUUCUCCCCCUUCUUCUCCCUCUGCUCAGCGCAGCACCCCUCUUCUCCCCUGCUUCUCUGCCUCCCCCGAGCCCCCUGCAUCUCCCCUCUUCUUUCUCCCCCACCGAAAGCAGCAGGGCGGCCAUGGAGUUGCUCAACCUGCCUUCUCCUUCUCGAGCUACCGUCUCCCACCCGGCGCUCCUUCCAGCCGCCCAUCCGCCACGCCUUCCGUCCAACUGCCACCUCCGGCAACGUUGAGGCCACCGGCGCCGCCCCAACAACGACGACGGCGGCGCCAAAGCGGACAGCCCAGAAUGGCGCGCGGGCCACGGCGGGCAGGCUCCGGGGGUUCGGGCUCGGGCUCGACCUGUCGGAGGAGAUGAGGCGCGGGAUGGCGUGGCAAAUGCAGGCGCUCCCGGGUGCAGCGGUGGCGGCCGAGGCCGUGCUCCUGCGGCUGCUCGAUCUCGCGGCGGCGCCUGCAUGGUCCGGGAAAGCGGGCUCGACCGUGCUGUUCGUCGCCAGGCUGCUUGGGUCCCAGUACGGGUUCUUUUCGUCGAGGUGGAACGCGGCCAAGGCGGGGUCCGUGGUCGGGUGGGAGCUCGCCGUCCGACACUGGAGCGCGCUGUCCAUGGCCAUGGAUUCGUGCGUAGAAGAAGAGGGGGAGGAUGAGGAGGACGAGGAGGAUGAGCUGGGGGAUGACGAGGAGUGGGAGUACUCCGAGUCAGAGCUCCCUAUUCCCUCAGCGAGGUCGAUGUCGAGCCGAAGAGGCCGGUGGGGCUCGCCGGAGCGGGGGACAGAGGAGGGGACGAAGAGGGGCGCUGGGCCAAGCAGAGGAAGAAGAAGGGGGAGAAAAGCGUGCGAAUGAAAAUAUGCAGGGGGUUAAAUGCAUAAAUGGGAUGAACCUAACAGUGGGCCCCACCUGUAAGAAAACGUGUCAACUGCGCUUAAACAUCAGUUUUGGGUAAAUUGAGAAGAUCAGGCGCAACAACUGUGGUUCCCCGAGAAAAUUAUCGCAAUCUGCAGUUCCGUGAGAAGCAUGCCUCGAAGACUGUGGUUUCUUGAAAUUUUAAAUUUCACAAAACCACACAUAUGGGGACAGUUUUCUCACGCAGGCACCACUUUUGCUAAUUUGCGCGAAAAACCACACAUUUCCAGUCACAAUGUAACGACAAGCCCGUAAUGCCAUGAUUAAGCGAGUCGACAGUUUUUCUUUACAGGUCAGGCCCACAUGUCAGAUGACACGUCGGACGAACCCGACCUAACCCAUUAGCUCGAUAACCACACCUUAGGAAGAUGCUUUCUCCGUCAAUGGCUCCGGGAGCGAGGGGAGCUUCCCGAGCUCAGACCAGGCACAACACCAUAGCUCGGCGAGCUAGCCCGAGCCCAUGUAAGCCCGACACGG